AUGGGCCCGCGGAGCCGCGAGCGUCGGGCGGGGGCAGUACAGAGCACUAACGACAGCAGCGCCCUCAGCAAGAGUUCCCUGGCCACGCACGGGUACGUGCACGACCCCUUUGCAGCGUUGCUCGUUCCAGGGACCGCACGCCGCGCGCCGCUCAUCCACCGCGGCUACUACGUCCGCGCACGCGCCGUGGGGCACUGCGUGCGCGCCUUCCUGGAACGGACCUGCGCGGCCCCCGGCGCGCCUCGGGCACAGAUAGUGUCGUUGGGAGCUGGCUCCGAUUCUCUGUAUUUUCGCCUGAAAAGUGAGGGCCGCCUGGCCGAGGCUGCAGUCUGGGAGGUAGACUUUCCGGACGUGGCCCGGCGCAAAGCGGAAAGGAUUCGAGAUACGCCGGAACUGUGCGCGUUAACUGGGCCUUUCCAGAACGGGGACCCCGCGUCAGCGCUGUGCUUUGAGAGUUUGGACUACCGCCUCCUGGGCCUGGACCUGCGACAGCUCCCGCGAUUGGAUCAGGCCCUGGCCGCCGCGGGCCUCCACGCAGCCGCGCCCACUCUGCUCCUAGCAGAGGCAGUGCUGACCUACCUCGACCCGGACGAGGCCGCGGCCCUCAUCGCCUGGGCAGCCCAACGUUUUCCUGAUGCCCUUUUCGUGAUCUACGAGCAGAUGAGACCGCACGAUGCGUUUGGCCAGUUCAUGCAGCAGCAUUUUCGGCAGCUUAAUUCUCCCCUUCAUGGCCUGGACCACUUUCCCGACGUGCAGGCCCAGCAGCAUCGCUUCCUUCAGGCUGGCUGGACUGCCUGCAGUGCCAUGGACAUGAAUAAAUUCUAUCGCUGCUUUCUCCCCCCAGAAGAAUGCCAGCGAGUGGAAAAUCUUGAACCUUUUGAUGAGUUUGAGGAGUGGCAUCUGAAGUGCGCCCACUAUUUCAUUUUGGCCGCUUCUAGAGGAGAUGCUCUCACCCAAACUCUGGUGUUUCCACCCUCAGAGGCGUUUCCUCGAGUAGAUCCUGAUUCUCCAUCAGGAGUCUUGCCUGCCAGUGUAGUCACCAGUGACAACCAGGGCCCAAACCUUAGGAGAUAUGGGCACGCUUCUGUCCUUUUGAGCCGAAGCAUUAUUCUUAGUGCAGGAGGAUUUGGAGAACAAGAGGGGCGGCAUUGCCGAGUGAGCAAGUUUCACUUGCUGUCAAGACAUUGUGACUUUGAAUGGAAAGGCAACCAAAUACGCAGUUGUGGGACUGGAGCCCAGUGGGAUGGGCGCCUUUAUCACACCAUGACAAGACUUUCAGAUACUCAGGUUCUGGUUCUGGGAGGGAGACUGUCCCCAGUAACUCCAGCCUUGGGGAUUCUACAACUUGGUGUCUGUAAGAGUGAGGAUAAUAGCACUGGGGACCUAAAUGUAACAGUAACAAAGGCUGGCCCAGAAGAUCCCACGUUGUCAUGUUGGCGGCAUUCAACAACAGAAGUGUCCUGUAAGAAUCAGAAGUAUUUGUUUGUGUAUGGGGGUCGAAGUGUGGUGGAACCUGUUCUAAGUGACUGGCAUUUCCUACAUAUGGGGACAAUGGCCUGGGUCAGUAUCCCAGUGAAGGGGGAAGCACCUGAAGGUCGGCAUUCACAUAGUGCCUGCAGCUGGCAAGGGGGAGCCCUUAUUGCUGGAGGUCUGGGUGCUUCUGAGGAGCCACUGAGCUCUGUACUCUUUUUAAAACCAAUUUCUUGUGGAUUCCUGUGGGAAUCAAUAGUCAUCCAGCCCCCCAUUACUCCAAGGUAUUCACACACAGCUCAUGUGCUCAACGGGAAGCUUCUACUGGUUGGUGGGGUUUGGAUUCAUUCCUCCUCAAUUCCUGGGGUGACUAUAAUUGAUUUGACUACAGGGUUGAGCUCUGAGUAUCAAAUUGACACAACAUGUGUGCCAUGGCCAUUAAUGUUACACAAUCAUACCAGCAUCCUGCUUCCUGAAGAGCAACAGCUCCUGCUCCUUGGAGGUGGUGGGAACUGCUUUUCUUUUGGCACCUACUUCAACCCCCAUGCAGUGACAUUAGACCUUUCUUCCUUAAGUGCUGGACAGUAG